UCCGCGUCCCUCCUCUGUUUACUUCACUUGUAAUGAUGAUGUGAGACCGAAAACGCUAGCUAGCUAGCCUAGCUAAAGCAAUGGAGAAACGGCCGGUUGGUGAGCUGUCAUCACAACCUUAGCUAACGGUGCUGCUAGCCAAACUGUCAGGCCUGGAAUGGAGCCAGGCGACUUGCGAGAGAGCCCCGCCGGGUCAGGGGAGUCAGAUGUGGGAGAUUGGAGGGAGGUUAUCCCUGGGGAGGAGGAGGAGGAGGUCAAAGCUACCCAAACUAACGGAAACCAACAAGAGACGGCUCACAGGGACACCUGCGAGGAAAGUGAGAAACAAAAAUGCGUGGGAGAACAAUUACACAGUCCCUACGAGGAGGAGCUGGACCCCAGAAUCCAGGAAGAGUUGGAGCAUCUUAAUGAAGCGAGCGCUGAAAUCAACAAACUGGAGCUGCAGUUGGAUGAUGCCAGAUCAGGGUACCGGAAGAUUCUUACCGAGUCUGCCAGGAAGCUUAACGCUCAAAGCUCUCAGCUCGGUGGCUGCAUAGAGAAAGCAAGACCCUACUAUGAAGCUCGUCGUCUUGCUAAGGAGGCUCAGCAGGAGACCCAGAAGGCCGCCCUGAGUUAUGAGAGGGCGGUUUCUAUGCACACAGCUGCCAGGGAGAUGGUCUAUGUGGCAGAGCAGGGCCUGAUGGCUGAUGGCAAGAACACUCUGGACCCGACCUGGCAGGAGAUGCUCAACCAUGCCACCUCCAAGGUGAACGAAGCAGAGGAGGAGCGACUCCGCAGCGAGAGGGAACACAUGCGUGUCACGAAGGCCUGUCAGGAGGCUGAGGCUCGCGUUCAGAUGCUGCAAAAGUCCCUGAAAAGAGUCAUUGUGAAAUCCAAACCAUACUUUGAGCUCAAGGCACAGUUCAACCAUAUACUAGAGGAGAGCAAGACCAAGGUGAUGCAGCUGGAGCAGCACGUCGCUAAAGUGAAGGCACGCUACUCCAUCGCCCUGCGAAACCUGGAACAAAUCAGCGAGCAGAUCCACGCUCAGAGGGGGAGGGACCAGGCGGAGGGAGGCUGCCUCACUGUGUGCGGCGGGCGGAGUCCUCCCGUCGGAGCCGAGUCUGACGUCAGAGUCAAGCAAGAGGGCGGAGCCUGCAGCAGUGGCGCAACUGGAACAGAUCGAGUGGAUGCGGCUGCCAACCUGGUGGAGAAAUACAAGGAGAAGGAGAAUGAAAAGGAGAGGGAGCGGGCGGGGUCGGAUUCCCUUUCGGUGUUCAGCCUGCAGACCAUCGCUUCCGACUUGGAGAAAUAUGACUCCAUAGAGCACCUCGGGGAUCUCAGCGAUGUAGGGAGUGUGACUGGGGAUGAGGGGGAGAGAGAGAGAGGCAGUGUGAUUGAUAGAAGAGACAAGCUGAUAGAGACGUCGGCCAAAGAGCGCCAGCAGCAGUUCUACAAGCAGCACCACCGAAGCUUCAGUUUGUGAAGCAAACAGAAAUAAUAGUUAGAAAGGCUGAAAAAGUCAAAUAUGAGUCUUAAAAAAGUACAAAUGUGGGUAAACACCCCUGUCAUAGAGGUUCAAACCAAAGUAUAAGAGAUUAAAUUAGCUGAAAAAUAAGUCUAGAGUUCUGCUGCAGAUGUAGGUGUAUGAUACUUAGUGUAGAUAAGCUCUUGUAGGUUGACUGACAUUAUAAAGCUGAUCAAUAGUUAACAUUGCAGCUUAGUGUGAACACUACUUCUUGCAUCUAAACAGCUUUCAGCCCCCCAGGACAAGUAAACUGCAUAUUCACUCCCCUGUGAGGGCUUCUGGGUAGAGUUUGUUCCCAGAGCAUGAAGAAAGAGCGAGGAAAGAUCAAAAGCGCUGCACGAACAGAAACAUUUAGAAAAGGCAUCAUAUCUAUCUUUCUUUCUUUCCCAGGCUAAUCGUUGAUCUAAUCUGGUGAGACUGGUGAAAAUGAAAUCCUCCAUUGUUGCCCCCUCUAGUUGUCAAGUUAUCAGCGACUGCUUCAAAGGUAGAGAGGGGACGCAGGGUUUCUGCAUACACAGGGAAAUAAACACUCCUUUUAAAUCCACCCUCAUCCAGGUAGUUUGAAGGGAAGAAUGACAAAAACGUCUCUCUCUGCGCGCAGAGUUAAAAGCAUGUUUGAAUUCACAUUUCAUGUAUUUAUUUCCAGUAACAUGCUGCAAGUGGUGCUUUGGUAUUUUGGCACGAGAGAAUGCGUUUUUUGAAAAUUCCUGAAAUGAUGAUAAGAGUGAACGGAGUCUGAAGAUGACAGAGACUCAGUUCCACUCCGCUCAGACAGCAUGCACUCCUAGUCGGCUAUUUAAACAGACAGUUAAAUUGUGUAUUCAGGGUUAUAUGCUAGUAGAAACACUGACACUAUUAAAGCAAAAAUAAGCUCAGCCAUGCUUUCUUUUUUUAUGUCAUCAUGCUGUAGUCUUAUGGUGUAAACGCCUUUUCCAAAUUUGUAUGAGUUGGAUAUUGUUUACAUUUAUACAAGUGUAUUUCCUUGGCAGCGUUUCUUCCUUUAAUUGCCUUCACAAAAGCCCACCUUUGUUGUUAUUUGAAGUGUGCCUUGACACCGAACAAGCAACACAUUUAGCACGAGUAGUACUUCUUGUAAACUCAUCUGUAGUUCUGUUUAGAACCAUUUAAAGAACAAUCGGGCUACCUUUUUUAUGAUUUUAAAAGUAAUUAAUUAAUCUGAUUGCCCAAGCACCGUUUCUGAUUGAGACUUGAAUUUGCUUUUCUUGUGAUUCCUGUAAUUGCUUCUAUGAUAUUGUACUUUGAUUGUCAAAGUGUGAGAUGCAAAAGUCAAGAAAUGACUUGUAAAUGUAUGUAAUUAUUACAAAGCUGGAAAAUAUUGACAUGUACAGUUACAUGUGUUUUGCUGAUUUGAAUAUUGGACUUGUUUGUUGUACAGAUGUUCUGUAAACCCACAGGUUAUUGUUAUGUAUUGAAAUCAUUCUUAAUGUUGCAGUUUGUCUGAAACACCUGCACUUCACUCCUGUCUCAUCAAACAGUCUCCAACCUUUUAAAUGCAUAUGUGAGUUAUCUACAUAUUCCAACUUCUGCAUCGUCAUAUCUAUAAUCAAUAAACCAGAUCGUACUUA